AAAUAUCUUCAACAGUGUAUGACGGAAAUGGCCAAGUUGGUGAGGAACCUAAAUCAACCAAUCAACCAGAAUCGUGUGUAACGGAACAAGCCACAUCCAUUGUGGAGACAGAUCCUAUUAAUGUAGAGGCCAAACCCAAAGUGGAGACCAAACAGCUCAAGAUGGAAACCACUCCUACAUCAAACACCACACUCACUACCAAGACCAAAGAGCUGGGGGAUGACACGAAUGUCCAAGGGGAUGGAGGAGCCAUGGGAGGGGAUGGAGGAGCCAUGGGAGGGGCCGGAGGAGCCAUGGGAGGGGCCGGAGGAGCCAUGGGAGGGGCCGGAGGAGCAGGAACUUCUGUUGAUGAAAACAUGGGUGCAGUAGGUGGGGCUAAUAACUCUGUGCUGGAUCGGCUCAAUGUGGUACAAGCUCUGGAAGAUAUGGGUCACCAGCAAAUGUACGCAAUACAGCCCCUGACCUGGUGUCCCCAUCUAGACACUGUACAGUCCCUACCACAAAGGGUCCUGGACACUGGGGCGCCGUGCUUGGACUGUGGUAAUCUGGGGGAGAACUGGGUGUGCCUCGUCUGUUACAAGGUGUUCUGUAGCAGAUACGUCAACGAACACAUGGUAAUCCAUGGGGCUAUGGAACAGCACCUGAUGACCUUAAGUUUCUCUGACCUUUCUGUCUGGUGUUACGGAUGUGAUAACUACAUCGACAAUCAGAAUGGCCUCGCCUGUGUGCGAGAUGCGUGCAUGUGA